AUGGCAAGGGUCCAGCCGGAACGUUGGGCAAAUCAAACUGAAUAUUUGCUAUCGUGUCUCGGUUAUGCUGUCGGCAUCGGAAACUUGUGGCGAUUUCCAUAUUUAUGCUACCGUAAUGGAGGAGGAGCAUUCCUCAUUCCGUACUUUUUAACUUUGGUUAUCUGCGGGAUUCCCCUGGUCUAUUUGGAAACGACAUUGGGUCAAUUCGCCAGUGCCGGAUGCAUUUCUGUCUUUAACAUAAACCCUCUUUUCAAAGGUGCGGGUUACGCUGUUAUAGUUCUAAACGUAAUAGCAGUUAUAUAUUUUUCUGCCAUAAUGUCGUAUCCGGUACUGUACAUCUAUCAUUCUUUGGGUUCGCCGUUACCGUGGCAAACCUGUGGAAACCCUUGGAACACCGAUAAAUGUACUGAGAUAACAGGAAAUUCAAGCUUUUUUUUGUCAAACGGCACGAUCACGACGCCAGAAGACGAAUUUUUUCACUUACGCCUCCUGCGGGUUUCUUCAGGUAUCAGUGAAAUAGGUAGUAUAGUUUGGCCCGUGUUUUGGUGCAACGUGAUAUGCUGGAUCAUCAUAUACUUGUGCAUUUGUAACGGAGUCAAAAGCGUCGGAAAGAUAGUUUACUUUACGGUUGUAUUCCCAUAUGUGGUUCUGUGCGCUUUGUUCGUUCGCGGCAUCACGUUACCUGGAGCUGGAAAAGGAAUUCUAUUCUACAUUUUACCCGAUUGGGAACAAUUGAUGAAGCCCAAAGUGUGGGUAGACGCGGCUACGCAAAUAUUUUUUUCGCUUGGUCCCGGCUGGGGCGGCCUCGUCAGCAUGGCCAGCUACAACAAGUUUCACUACAAAAAUCUACGAUCUUCGAUCAUAAUACCGUUGGUAAACAGCGGCACCAGUGUGUGGGCAGGUUUUGUCGUAUUUUCCGUACUAGGAUUUGCAUCAGAAAGAGCGAACGUCCCAGUAGGACAAGUGGCGACGGCCGGUCCUGGACUAGCCUUUGUCACAUAUCCGGCAACAGUUACUAUGAUGCCGGCACCAAAUUUCUGGGCCGUCACAUUUUUUGUAAUGCUGUUUUUCCUUGGAAUUGAUACUAUGUUCGUCACAAUAGAAGCAGUGAUCACAGGUUUAAUUGAUGAGUUCCCGAGAUUACGUACGCGAAAAAGAUUAAUCACUUUGUUGACUUGCCUGGCACUUUUCGGUUUCUCGAUCAUCUGCAAUACAGAGGGUGGCCUUCACGUGAUGGAACUAUUAGACGCACAUGUAGCGAUUGCUUGCGUGCCCAUAGUCUGCGCACUGGAGAUCAUAGCGGCGGUAUAUACGUAUGGACCACGGGAACUGAGCACGGACGUAAUGUUCAUGACAGGACAACCGUUGGCGAGAACAUGGCUAGUGCUGUGGAGAUACGUGCUACCCUUUAUUUUACUAACUAUCACAGUGUACGCUCUGAAAGACGCAACGGGAAUGGCCGGGUGGUGUGUAGCUUUCGUUUCAGUCUUGUGCAUUCCGAUACAUGUAGUGAGACAAUUACUCCGAUCCAGGGGGUCCGUAUUAGAUCGAUUUCGUGAAAACUGUCGGCCUAACGACCAAUGGGGUCCAGCUGAUCCGGAUAUACGCCAAGAAUGGAUAGCGUUGAAGCAAAAACAAAAGGGAGAUUAUGCUCUAAAUAAUUUAUGCCCUAGUAGAAUUUAGCAAGUUGACCAAUAAAA